GUACGUGGAGGUGGCGGCCAGCCACUACAGUCACAUCUCCGCAGCCAUGACGCAGAAGGGCAAAGUGGUCAUGUGGGGCCAGUGUCGCGGUCAGUCCCUCACUCAGCCCCGCAUCACUCGCUUCUCCUCCACUGACGACGUUUUUGCCGCGUUCUCCACACCUCCGGUGUCAUGGCGGAUCUACUCUGUCGAUCUGGUGAAAGGAACUCGUAUUGCAGACACCAUUGCUAAAGCCUUUGAUAACCCGGAAAACAGUGAUCUCAAGUUUGUCGUUGAAGGCAAAGAAAUUCAUGUUCACAAAGCUAUCCUAAAACUGAGGUGUGAACAUUUCCGCUCCAUGUUCCAGUCUUGUUGGGAUGAGGACAGCAAGGAGUCCAUUGAGAUCAGCCAGUAUGGAUACUCCGUGUACCAUGCCUUUCUACGCUACCUCUACACGGAUGAGGUGGAUUUGCAGCCGGAUGAAGCUAUAGGUCUUCUGGAUUUGUCCAACGCGUACUGCGAGAGUCAGCUGAAGCUCAAGUGUGAGGCCAUCAUACGUCAGGGUAUCGGGGUGGACAAUGUGGCUAUGUUGUACGCCGCCGCCAUCAAGUUUGGGGCUCAGCAACUGGAAGAGUUCUGUUUCCGGUUCUGCCUGGCUCACAUGACAGCGGUCACUCAGACGGAGGCUUUCAUAGAUCUGGACGAGGCAGUGGUCAAGGAUUUCAUUCGAAAGGCAGGCCAAUCUGGAGCUUUUCGCACCUGACUCUGAUGACCUUGAAAUAACGGACAAUGAUUGUUUACGCCCCUUUGUCUUUUUGGGGGGCCGAAAGAUCACUCACACGCAAGACCUUUGAUGUUGUGAAUGGUAGCUGCACGGUUGUGUAUGUCCGAGGUAUUUCAGAAGUCCAGUGACUUCCAGUCACCAACCAGGGGUUAUUAUUUUUAACUGCACCUCUCUUGAAUCCGAAAUGUUAAUGCCGUCUGUUGCAUACCAAGGUAUCUCAGACGGCCAGUAACUCGCCGGUCACAGUGAUGAUGUCACCAAUGUUAACUGUUGUCUGUUGAGGUAUUUCAAAAGUCCCAAGUCAUGUUUCACCACUCAAGAGUGUUAACGUUGUCAAUAACUCACUGCCACCACCACCAACAACAACAACCAAAGGUUAAUUGUGUGACAGCGUGGUGGAAUCAGGCACUCGUCAA